AUGGUGAAGACGUCGACUCUCCUGCACUAUGCUUGCCACCCCAAUCAGUUGAGGGCAAUCAUUCAAUGGAAAGUUUGGCACACUCCUCUCCAUGAGCGAGAUGAAGAAAAGGAAUCUCCAUCUCUCAAGCGAUGCUUCGAAUUCCUGGAUCUCACUUCCCGUUCCUUCAGCGCGGUGAUCCAAGAGCUCUGCCCGGAACUUUGCGUUUCGGUCGCUCUCUUCUACCUUAUCCUACGUGGUCUUGACACUAUUGAAGAUGACAUGACAAUUGCGCUAUCAGAGAAGGAGCCUCUUUUACGAUCAUUCGACGAGGUUCUCGAUAAGCAGGGGUGGAAUUACAAAGGCAAUGGCCCUAAUGAAAAAGAUAGGCAGCUUUGUGUCGAAUUCGAUGUUGUGAUCAAGGAAUUUGCCCUCAUACCCGAGCCUCACCGGGUGAUUAUCAAGGACAUUACAAAAAAGAUGGGGAACGGUAUGGCCGAUUAUGCCAACAACGCUGAACACAACGUUAACGGUGUCAACACCGUCGCCGAUUAUGAUCUAUACUGUCACUACGUUGCCGGGCUUGUCGGGGAGGGUUUGACCCGUCUUUUCGUCGCCUCCGAGAAGGCCAACAAGGCACUUCUUGACCGCCCCCAUCUUUCAAACGCGAUGGGACUGUUCCUUCAAAAGACGAACAUUAUCCGUGAUUACGCAGAAGACCUUGCAGAUGGACGCAGGUUCUGGCCGAAAGAGAUCUGGAGUAAAUAUAUCGCAACUUAUAGCGAGUUUCCUAAGCCCGAGAAUGAAGAAGCAGCGCUCAACUGUAUCUCUGAAAUGUGUCUGAAUGCGCUCAGCCACGCCGAUGAGUGUCUCUUCUAUUUGGCCGGUAUUCGAGAACAGAGUGUAUUCAACUUUGCGGCUAUCCCGCAGGUCAUGGCUAUUGCGACGCUUUCUUUAGUUUUCAGGAACAAGGACGUAUAUCACAAAAAUGUUAAAAUUGCAAAAGGGGAGGCAUGUGAGUUGAUGCUGGAAGUUGGGAACUUAAGGACUGUGUGCGAGGUCUUCCGAAAGUACCUGAAGGUCAUCCACAAGAAAAACACGCCCAAAGACCCUAACUUCCUCAAAAUUAGCGCAGCUUGCGGAAAGGUUGAGCAAUUCAUAGAAUCAAUCUUCCCUACUCCCAAGGGGGAUGAUGAGAUUGCAAACCACAGGCAGCAGGAAGCAACUGGUGAGACACCAGAGCAGGCCGCAGAAGCGAAGAAGGAGAUCUUCCUGUUAAUUGCAGCUAUUGUUGCAACUCUAUUUGUUAUAUCUGCUAUCAUGGUCGGUAUCGCCUGGAUGCUUGGUGCGCGAUUCGACAUUGCCUUCCAGGAGCUCAUGAAUGGCAACUUUAAACCGAACGCGGUUAGCUCAGCCGUCACGUCUGCCGUAACCUCGGCCGUUACUUCAAUAGCGCCAGAGCAUGUCGAGCUGUAA